ACAGCCGCGGAUAUUACGUCGUUGUCGGGAUCCUAGUACAAUGCUGUAAAGAUUAAAUUGUGGAAUCCAGAAUGGUUCUUGCCGUGCAGAAUAUUAUCAGAAAAUCAUUUAAAUAUUGAUGAAUAUUUCUCACGUGUUUAUUUAAGAUUUUUUGACGAAUAGUUCUUAGUAACGGAGAGAGACUACAGACUACAAAAGCUGAUAAAUGUGCAAAUUUCAAAUAAAUUUUUUUUUACCUCGUCAAACUAACGUGUAAAUUCUUGGUAAUACCGAAAGUAACCAAGGUGAAGUAUGUAAUCACUUUAGAUCAGUAAUUUACAACGAAUAAAGGUUUUAGUCGAUAGAGGUGUAAUGUACACAUUCGACUAAGUGCAGUAGCAUUAUUUUUUUAAACCACAAGUAUUAGGAGACGAAGGCAGCUUGGAGAUGGAAAACGAGACAGAAAAUGAAACUGUAAAUAAAAGAAAGUGUAUAGGUAAACGCAGUAGAAUCUCAUCAUCCUCAGAAGAAGACGAUGAGUGUAAAAAAUCUCAAACUACUCCCAAGUCAAGCUCAAGACAGAAUAUCAAACGACAUUCAGCUCGCAUCGAAGAGAAGAGAAAGAAGGUGUUUCGCAUGCCAAAGAGGGACAAGAUGUGGAAUGCCAUUUCUACGAGAACCUGUAAAUCAUCUGAGAUAUCUCGGCUUAAGCCACGGAAACUAAUCAAUGAUUUCAUGAAAGGAACAAACCGUUACAACUAUGAUCCCGUAGAAACUGGAUCAGAAGACAGUUCUGAUGAAGAGUCUGACUCUGAGAGCUCAUCUGAAACCACAAGCAAAAAGAAGAGCAAACCAGGACAUCAUGUUGAAAAAGGACAUCGUGUCAAAGGGAGAAAGCGACGCAUCAAGGAAGCUAGUGAAACUAGUGAUUCUGAUGACGAGAAGGUGACUGUCUCUGAAAAAAAUGUUGACCCACAGAUGAAGACAUUGACACCAAUAACAAAAGAAUGUGGAGUCAAGCACAGUGAUAAUGAAAACGGGCUAAGCCCCAUGCAGAGUAAAAUGAGAGGCCAUAUGGAGUGCUCUAUUCCAGUUCUGAAUCCUGUUGCAGAACAUGGGUCUGCAUCUCAGCAUUCCAGCAGUGACACUGACACUGACAAAAUAGUUUUAAAACCAGCAAAGGGAAAGCAGCACAUUUUGGAGUCAGACAGUGAGGAAAGUAUCACAAAGUGAAAAAUAAUAAAUACAAAAGAGUUCAUGUAGAAUUAAUACUGUAUGGAGUUUAUCAGGCAUGCUUUGAGAUGGCUGUUUUAUCCAGACUGCUGUCAAAGGCACUUUACAAAGAGUCCUGGAAAUAUUACUUUUUAAUCCAUAGUGUAUACAGAUAGUAGAGCUAUCAUGGUUUGCAUGUGGAAGUAGAUCUAAUAAAGUUGUAAGGCAGCACGGGCAAAAUAUUGUAUGAAAAAACUAAUAUAUUAAUAAAUCUAAUGGUUGACAACUAGGUUGACGGCUGUACAAAAUGGGAAAAAAAGUCAUGUAUUGUUAGGACUCUUUGUGUGUGUGUAAUCUUUACACAAUAAACUUAUUCUAGGAAGUAUUAAAAAGUACUAUUUAGAAGGAGAAAGGGAAACUAAAAAAAGGUGCCCAAGAAAAGAGGCUAUUUUAUUAUGAGACAUUUUAUAUAAUACCCCCAGUUUUUUAAUAUUUGUAUUCAAUCUGAUUUAAUUGUGAUCAUGCUUUUUCUCAGUUGGAGAUAAUUUAGCAGAAAAUAGUUCAGAUCUGUUAUAAAUGUAAAAUUAUUGAGCAGAAUGAGACCUCUUUGUGUUGCUUUCAUUGGUGCAGCCCCCUUACUCCCUGAAAAU